AUGGGCGAAUGCCCCGAGCAAGGACUCGGUGCCACAGAUAUUGAAUGUGAUCUCUGCGCUGCUACUGGUGGAGGGGGCAUCGAUGGACAGCGUGCGUCUAGGUGAGGGUGUCGAGUGGACAGACGGACAGUUCACGAUCCUGGUGGCAAUGGUGUUUAGGCCAAUUCUGGUCGACCUGGUAGCGCGGUGGACGCUGGCAGAGGCACCGGUGUCGGUGUUCCACCAGAUCUCGACGCACAUGGAUAAGCAGCAAGCACAGGUCUGCGUUGCAUAUGCUGCUGGCAUUCUUCUGGCAACCGCUCCGCAAGUAAAGAGUUUGGUGAUGGCGUACUUUCAGAAUUCCACAGCAGCCAGCAUACUUGAUCACGGCGCAGCUUCACAGAAUACCAGCACGAUCCAGCAGAGCCUGGUGGUGGUGUUCCGGCUGCUCCGCCGGCUGCCUGAGGUGAUUAGCGGCAUUGAUUUGUGGGACUGGGCCACGCCACUUACAGCGCUGAUGGCGCCCGAAUACCCGCAGAUGAUCCGCCUCUUGGCGUGCGAGUGCCUAUGCCUUGUCAGCGCGUACUCUGACCAUGGUCGUGCCGAGCUGCUCGGAAAGCUCAAUUUAGACAGCGAGUUUGUUGCGCAGAUACUGACACAUCUGGUUUACGGCGAGAAUCAGUUUGACAGAAAGGCAGCUAACGAUAUGGUGGCUCACAACAAGGAGAACCUGGAUCUGGGGCUUUGGCAGCCAAUUCCCAGUACCGAGCACCCGUGGAUCGACGAUUCAGCGCUCAGUUCGUGUGUGGCCAACGUGGGCGGGGUGUUCCUGCACUCGCAAAAGUCAGCUAGACUCUCUGCCGACCUGGUUCUGACGCCCACGGUCACGCAAAACAUCCACGGAAUGGCCCUGGCGACCUCGCGUGGCGAGCCAGUUCUGCUGCAGGGCCCGAUCGGCAGCGGCAAAACGUCCCUGGUCGAAUGGGUAGCCAAGCGCACCGGCAACGAGCUAGUGACGAUCCACCUGAGCAGCAACAUGGACGCCAAGGUCCUGCUAGGAAACUACGUGACGACGCAGAAGGCUGGCGAUUUCGAGUGGCGGUCGGGACUUUUGACGACGGCGGUCAGCGAGGGCAAGUGGAUCUUGAUUGAGGACAUUGAUCUGGCUCCGUCCGAUGUGAUCCAGACGCUGGUGCCGCUGCUUGAAUCGCGCACGCUGUUUGUUGCGAACCGUGGCGAGAGCAUUCCAGCGCAUAUCCAGUUCCGGCUGUUUGCGACUCUUUCGACGCAUGGGCGUGCGUCGCAGCGCGCUGGCAUGGACGGUCUGCUUGGCAGCAGCAUCUGGACGCGCCUGGAGAUCAGCUCGUUGGAGUCCGAGAUGCCGCAGAUUAUUGAGGGUGUGUUCCCGAAUCUGGCUCAGCAUGCCGGGCUCCUUGCGCAGUCGUUCAACCAGGUGGCCGAAAUUAUCUCGGGCCAAGGGAGCGUGUCAUCGGCAAGCCGGUCGGCAAUGGCACUGAGCAUGAGCGAUCUGAUCAAGUGGUGCACGCGGCUGAGCAAGUUCUUUGACAGCGACAAGUUCUUGCUGUUCCACGAGGCCGUCGAUACGUUUACGAUGAAGGAGAGUGACUACGACAAAUGGCGGGUGCUGGUGCACCGCAUUGGGUCUGUGUUUGGCAUUUCGAAGCAGCGUGUUGAUCUGUAUAUCGACCAGCACAACCCGGGUGUCACUGCUACGGGCAAGACGCUGAAGGUCGGCAGGGCAACCUUGGAGAUCGACACGUCGGCGUCCAUGGACCGCAUGCCGUUUGCCGAUACGCACCAUUCGCGCUGCUUGAUCGAACGCAUCGCCACCUGCGUGCAGUUGGCUGAGCCCGCAUUGCUGUCUGGUGAAACCGGCACAGGCAAGACCACUGUGGUGCAGCACCUGGCCACCCUGGCGGGCCGCUCCCUAGCUGUAUUCAACCUGUCGCAGCAGAGCGACUCAUCCGACCUGCUUGGCGGAUUCCGUCCCGUCGACAUCUCGUUGCUGGCGCUGCGUUUGCGCGAGUCAUUCGACAGUCUGUUUGGUCGCACAGUGUCUGUGCGCAAGAACGCCGCAUUCCUGGACAAGCUGCGCAUGGCGCAUGGUAAGAAGGAGUGGAAGCGGCUGGUGACCAUGUACAAGUCGGCGAUCAAGAUGGCUCGCCAGGUCAUUGCAAAGGCGAGGGAGGCGGGGAGCGGCGAUGACGACUCGGCGCCCAAGAAGCGCCAGAAGCUGUCGGCUGACAAUGUGCGGCAGCUGGACCAGGAGUGGACCGAAUUUGAGACCAGCGUCGAGGACUUCAACGGCCUCAAGAGCGCCCGCAUGGUGUUCAGCUUUGUCGAAGGCGCGCUGGUCAAGGCCGCACGCACAGGCGGCUGGAUCCUGCUCGAUGAGAUCAAUCUUGCCACUGCCGAGACGCUGGCGUGCCUGGGCGGUCUUUUGCAGAAGGAAAAGUACCUGCUGCUGGCUGAGACCGGCACCCGCAUUCCGUGCCACCCUGGGUUCCGCCUGUUUGCCUGCAUGAACCCGUCCAACGACGUCGGUAAGCGUGAUCUGCCGCCGGGCUUGCGCAGCAGCUUCACCGAGUUCUUUGUGCAUCCGCCAGACAACAACAACGACGACCUGAUGUCGAUUAUCCGCACGCACCUGCCGAACAACGUGCCCCCGAUGGUCUGCCACCGCGUGAUCGACUUUUACCGGUCUGCAAAGAAACUCGCCGCAGAGCACAAGCUCGUCGACGGAGCAAACCAGAAGCCGCACUACAGCCUGCGUACGCUGACUCGUAGUCUGACGUAUGCACGCCAAAAUGCGCUGGCGUACUCGCUGAAGCGGGCGCUCUUCGAUGGUCUGUUCAUGACGUUUGUGACGCAGCUCGAGAACACUACGCAGGCGCUGCUGACGGCCGAGCUGUUCAAAGUAUUUUCGGGCGACAACAUGAAGCAGCUACUGAACCAGGUGCCGCAGGCCCGGUCUUCGGAUGCUGUGCUGGUGCAGAGCUUCUGGCUGCCGACUCUGGAUUCCGACAAGUGCGAGGAGGACACGUCGUAUGUAUUGACAUCGUCGGUGGUCACCAAGAUCAAGUCGUUGGCGCGUGCAGUCAUGUGUGGCCGCUACCCAGUGCUGAUCCAGGGCCCGACCUCGGCCGGAAAGACCAGUAUGGUGCAGUAUCUGGCCCGAAAGACCGGGCACAAGUUUGUGCGCAUCAACAACCACGAGCACACGGACCUGCAGGAGUAUCUGGGCUCGUACACAUCUGUCGACGGCAAGCUUGUGUUCGAGGAAGGGCUGCUUGUCAAGGCGCUGCGUCACGGGCACUGGCUGGUACUGGACGAGCUCAACCUGGCGCCAUCUGAUGUUCUGGAGGCUCUGAACCGUCUGCUCGACGAUAACCGCGAGCUGGUGAUCCCCGAGACCCAGGAGGUCGUGCGUCCGCACCCGCACUUUAUGCUGUUUGCGACGCAGAACCCGGCAGGCCUAUACGGCGGUCGCAAGGCGUUGUCUAGGGCGUUCCGUAACCGCUUCGUGGAACUGCACUUUGACGACAUCCCCGAAAAGGAGCUGCAGCAGAUCAUCGUUGAUUCGUGCAAGGUGCCACCCACGCACGCCAAGCUGCUGGUUGACGUGUAUCGUAAUCUGACGCAGGUGCGUGCCCAGACCCGUAUCUUCGAAGCCAGCCACGGGUUCAUCACCCUGCGCGACCUGUUCCGCUGGGCCAACCGCCACGCUACCACCAAGCAAGAGCUGGCCGAGCAUGGGUACAUGCUGAUUGCCGAGCGUGUGCGCAAUGACGAGGAAAAGUCUGUGGUCAGGCGUGCGAUCGAGAAGGCGUUCUAUUCGAAGCUGUCCGACGAGCCAUCGCAUGCCAAUGUGCAUCGUGGCAUUGAUGUCGAGGGGCUUUACUCGGAAAAGCGGCUGAGGGAAAUGCCCGAGUUCCAGAUGUACGAGAAAGUGAAGGGCAUGUCGACGAUCGCGUGGACUAAGGCUAUGCGCCGGCUGUUCAUCCUGACGGCGCUCUGUCUGCGGUUCCACGAGCCUGUGCUGCUUGUGGGCGAGACCGGGUGCGGCAAAACCACCGUGUGCCAGAUGCUGGCCGAGGCCAAAUCGCAGCUCCUGCACAUUGUCAACUGCCACCAGAACACCGAGUCGUCGGAUAUCCUCGGUGGCCAGCGGCCCGGCGGCAGACUAGAGGAGGCAUAUGAGCUGAUGACGCGGUCCCAGGACUUGUUUGCGUGGCACGACGGCCCGCUGGUCCAGGCGAUGAAGCAGGGCGACAUGUUCCUGAUGGACGAGCUUAAUCUGGCUGACGACUCGGUGCUCGAGCGCCUGAACAGCGUUCUGGAGCCCUCACGCACGCUGGUUCUGGCCGAGCAGAUCGGCGCGGCGGCCCUGGUAGGCGCCGAUGGGUUCGAGUUUGUCGCAACCAUGAAUCCGGGCGGCGACUACGGUAAGCGUGAGCUCAGCCCGGCACUCCGCAACCGCUUCACCGAGCUCUGGGCCCCAACCACCACCGAUUCUGACGACCUGGCGAUGAUCCUCGACAAGCGUUUGGCGGGAGUGCCUGACGCCGCAGCCUGCACCCGGGUCAUCCUGGAGUUUGUAAAAUACCUGGACAGCGAGCUCAGGGUCCUGCAGCACCCGCUCAGUCUGCGCGACUACUUGUUCUGGGCAGAGUUCAUCUCCAAGACCCACAGUCUGAUGGACUCGCGCAGCAGCGUUGUCCACGGCGCCUGCCUGGUGCUCCUAGACAGUGUUGGCACCCAGGGGUCAAUCUUCAACACUACCACGCGCUCGCCAGCGGCAAUCAAGGCCGAGUGCGUCGACAGGCUCCGUGAGAUGGUCGAGUGGGGUGCGGCCAGCGGCGGGUAUGAGCUUGGCGUGGUGCCGGCCCGCACGCUGAUUGCAGACCACGGGUUAGACCUGAUGUCGAUGGUCACGCACACGACCUCCCCGCAUCCAUCGGUCGGUGUCGCGCCGUUCCUUGUCGCUGAGGGCUCGCUAGAGUCCUCGUCGGGCGGAUUUGCACUGCACGCGCCGACCACGUUCGACAAUCUUGUCAAGAUACUGCGCGCCAUGCAAGUCGGCAAGCCCCUAUUGCUCGAGGGCAGCCCAGGAGUCGGCAAAACCACGCUGGUUAGCACGCUGGCCAAGCUUGCUGGCCACCGCCUUGUGCGUAUCAAUCUGUCAGACCAGACAGACCUGAUAGAUCUGUUUGGCACCGACCUUCCGGUUGACGACGGAUUCGCGUGGUGUGAUGCGCCGUUCCUGCAGGCGCUGAAGCAGGGCGACUGGGUGCUGCUCGACGAGAUCAACCUGGCAUCGCAGAGCGUCCUGGAGGGCCUGAACUCGUGUCUUGACCACCGCGGCACCGUGUAUAUCUCGGAGCUUGACCGCGAAUUCACCCUGUCGCCUGGGUUCCGCCUGUUUGCCGCGCAGAACCCGCUUGGCCAAGGUGGCGGCCGCAAGGGGCUUCCGCGGUCAUUCGUGAACCGUUUCACGCAAGUGUACAUGGACGAGCUAACGCGCGACGACCUGCAGAUUAUCUGUGACAACAUCUACAAUCACCAUGCGAGCAUCGAGCGCGUGCUCGAGUUCAACUGGCGGAUGCACUCAGCGACCAUGGUUAAGCGCCUGUUUGGCUCAUCGGGUUCGCCCUGGGAGUUCAACCUGCGUGAUGUCAGCCGGUUCAUGGAGCUAGCGCUGGCCAGAUCGCCACUGGAGCAGAGCCCCAAGCCUGUCGAUGAGUUCAUCGAAAUGCUGUAUGUCCAUCGUAUGCGCACACACCAGGACCGCGUGCAGGUUAUUGAUUUGUACAACGAUGUGUUUGGCGCCAAGCUGGCUCUGUCGACGCCGUCAUUGCAUAUCACCGAGCAGAUGCUGCAGGUUGGCAAUGCGGUUUUGCCGCGCCGCACCGAGAACGCACGCAUUACGCGUCUGCGCAGUCUGCACUCGCAGUUGCCCUAUAUGGAGUCGCUGAUGAAGUGCAUUGAGAUGCGCUGGAUGGCGAUCAUGGUUGGCCCAGCAGGCUCGGGCAAGACCUCGCUGGUGCGCUGGCUGGCCAAUGCCACCGGUAACAAGCUGGUCGAGUUCUCGAUGAACUCAGGCGUAGAUACGAGCGAGAUUCUCGGUGGAUUCGAGCAAGUCGACAUGCAGCGUCACCAUUUGGCGCUGGUACGCAAGAUCGGCAAGCUCGUGAACCUGGCCGUGUUUGCUUCCAGCUACCAGAACACCAAGCAGCUGGCGCAGCUGUGCAGUGUGUACCAUGCCACCCGCCACUGCACCAGGGCCCAGGACCUGUGUGCUCUGGUCGAGCAGAUCGCGGCUCUGGCCAACGUCACCGACGAGUUGUUUGUGCGGCUGCUGAGCGAAAUCCAGGCCGAAAUGGCGGAUUUCGCAGCCCUGGAGGUUGCAGGCAAGUUCGAGUGGGUGGACGGCAUCCUUGUCGAUGCGCUGCUUAACGGCCACUGGCUUUUGAUUGAUCGGGCCAACCUCUGCAGCGCCUCUGUCCUGGACCGUCUCAAUGGUUUGCUGGAGCCUAACGGUGUCCUGUACGUCAACGAGGACCCGAAGCGGCAGGACGCGAUUGUGCCGCACGACAAUUUCCGCAUCAUCAUGGCGGUCGACCCACAGUACGGCGAGCUGUCGCGUGCAAUGCGUAACCGUGGAAUCGAAAUCUGCGUUCUGCCUUCCGAA